CAGCUUCAUCUCGUCUAGAUUUCAACUUCCUCGACAAGGUAGUCGGCGAACAGAAUAACCUACUCCGAAUCCAAAGAUUUCAAGUGAGACGCGCGUCGUCCGUGUUUUGGCUUAUUGACCAGUUUCCUCACCAAUCUCACGCGUCAUGGGCAUUCCACAGCUGUUCAAUAUCAUCAGAGAUCGAAAGAUUGAAAAAGUCGUGUCAAUCGCACAACUUGCUGAGGACCAUCACAAGCAGCAUGGCAGGCCGCUGAGGAUUGCGAUAGAUGAAGCUGAUUUCCGUUUUCACAACCUAACUCAAGCUGAAGUAGACAUUAUCCGAAAAAAAACACCGGCGGCCAAUCCAAUCGAGAAAGCUAUGUUCUACCGCAUGUGUCGCCUCCUUACCUUGCACAUCCAACCUGUGAUAGUGUUCGAUGGUCCUCAUCGCCCAUUGAAGCGGAGAAAGCGAUAUUGUGCCAAGAUAGAUUAUGACAAGAGGCAGCUUCUUAAGGACAUGUUGACAUGUCUCGGUAUUCCACACCACGAAGCCCCUGCUGAAGCGGAGGCCGAGUGUGCGCGUCUACAGAUUCUGGGUCUUGUCGAUGCCGUUUGGUCUCAAGAUUCCGAUUGCCUUAUGUUUGGGUGCACGUUCUGGCUUCGUGAUGAUCGAGUUGCGAAAGAGAAAGGAAACAACAACCGGUCCAAGGGAAACACGAAAAAGAACAGCGGAACUGCUCGCGUUGUUAAAGCUCGUGAUCUCGGUCUGAGUCGUGAAAGCUUGGUCCUCUUCGCUAUACUCGUUGGCGGGGACUAUAACAUCAAAGGUCUUCCUCGAUGCGGCGUGGUCCUAGCCAUGCGUGCUCUCAAACAUGGGGGGCUCGCCCGCAAUCUUUGUUCGUGCCGAGACCAAAAGGAUUGCGAUGCCUGGAGUAUACAACUGGCGGAAUUUAUUGAAUCACUUCCUGGCGCACGAUCUGUCCCUAUUCCAGCGGGAUAUCCAUCGUACGAAACCUUGCAAAAGUACUACCGUCCAACGGUAUCUAGUGACGAAGAUCUGCGUAACAAUGCACGGCUCAAUCUAGAACAUGUUUGGCUGUUCAAAGAACUUGAGCUGCUUAAGUUGACGAGUUCGCGCUUCAACAUAUGGGGGGACAAGUACAUGAACUGGAUUGUACCUAUUCUGCUUACAAGACACCUGUCGAAGAGAGACACAUCUUUGCCGCGAGAGGUCCUUGCUAGCAUCGAAGUCAACACCCCCGAGAAACAGCGCAUAGAGCGCGAAUUCGAGCGUAAGGUUUCAUUCUCGCCCUUCGGUGUAACCAGCCUGCAAAGGGAAUACUUCGAGAGUCGACGGGGCUCUUGGGAUGGUAAGAGAUACGGUGUACGAUUUGAUCCCAACCAUGAAGUUGUAUGCGAAUUCAUGCCGGAAUACUGGCUGCAGAAAGGUCUGCCCUUAGAAAUCUUUGAUCCUCCCCGUACUCCUAAACGCAAAUCGCCAGACCCUACGACUGGGACGUCGCGGCCAGCGAAGAAGCAACGCAACCCUCAAAAACCUGCGAAGAGGACCGAGAGCGCAGUAACGCGUGCCUCGCCGUCUCACAAUCACACGAAACCCUCGCAGGGUUCCAAUCUAUCAGUUUCUCCGACCAAAGAGCAUAGCCAGCAACCGCCCUCACAUGGACCCCGUAAAGGCACAGGGCUUCCAGAUUCAGAGAAAGACGAUCCAGAACUUCGACCGCCUCCGAAAACACUCUCGCGUACAUUAUCUUCGAUACAGUCGGCAGUAUCUAAUGUUGUUGAAUCGAGCUCGCCAGAUGACCAGGAAGGUGUAGGUGAUUCAUUUGAAGAUGUUGGUGCCCACAAUAAGAUACCGAACUCAUCCAAAUCUUUGAAGCGUCUUCCUCUGCAUGAUUGGCCUGACGAAGAGGACGAUGCAGAUCUGCAGUUGGCUUUACAGUUGAGCUUGCAAGAACAACAACCCGUCGCAGGCCCUUCAGCUAGAAAGCCAACUCAUCACACUGGUGGCUCCGUAUGGGAGGAGGUAGAAGACAACGCCCAAAGUUUGUUUGUGUCUGAUGAGUCACCGCCAGUAGUCUCUUACCAACAGGUGCAAACGGGUGUAUUGCAAGGCCAACAUAGCUCUGCGGGGCGUAAUGAUACUACGCGGGUCGCGCCUCCGGACUUUUCAAAGACAUCAGAGAGAACAGUGCGUACGACUCCAAAGAACUCGAGAUUAUCCGAUACCGACGUGGCAGAAUCAUCGGCGACGGGAAUCCGUGCUGCUCGUCUUCGUCACUUCGGAUCCAGUUCUGCCGUAUCUCCUAAAGAAGUCACCCACAAACCUCAGCCAUUGCCUGUCAUGACUCCGAGAAAACUCAACUUGACACCUUCUAGGGUCCCGGUGGGUGUCGAGUGUAUUGAUUUGACAUUUGACUAAAUUCCCGACGGAUGUCGCUCGCGGCGACGAUACUGUGAACCGUUAGUUCGAGGCCUCUAGUGACCAAGACGCUAUAGACAUAUAUAGUGCGAGCUCGCUCAUAGAAGCACAAAGUUGGCAGGUUCAUGAGAUCAUACAUAUAGUCUAUAACUUGCCUCAGAGAGGGAAACCAGCACUCAAGCUGUCCUCCUUGCAGUCAUACUGGCAGAAGUAGUUAAGCAAUUUGAAACAUCAACUAGUCC